CUUUUUUUUUUUUUUUCCUAUCCCUCACUACAAGUCAGAAUGGCCACCCCUCCUGUCGAAGCAACCGUUGUGGACAACAAAGUCGCAGACGCUUCGGAAAAAGAUGCCCAUCACUCAAAGGCUACUUUGUUUGUUCGUAACAUUCCCUAUGACGCCACAAACCAUGAAUUAGAGGAAUUCUUCAGCGACCUCGGUCCGAUCAGGUCAUGCUUCGUUGUAAUGGACAAAAGUCAGGAAGAAGCUGAAAAAGCACAAAACAAAGGAUACGGUUAUGUUCAUUAUGCUUUAGCUGAAGACGCCCAACGAGCUAUAACGGAAUUGAAGGAUGUCAAGUUCCGAGGCGGUCGCAAGCUCAAGAUUGAAUUGGCACUUAAAAAGGGUGAAAAAGCCCAAGAACGACCUGCGCCUAAGCCUGUUGUUGCAAAGACACCUACACCAAAGAUUCCAGAUACCACACCGAAGGCUCGUCCAGCAACAACAGAUGCACCGGCAGAUCAUUUUGUUACUGUUGAAGUAUCAGGCUUGGGAUCAGAUAUCACCAAGAAACAUAUCUACAAACGGGCUCGAAAAAUUGCCACUGUAGAAAAUAUUGAAUAUCCCAUUCAAGAUAAAGAAGGCGUCGCUCGCAUCAAGUUCAGUUCAAAUGACAAUGCCAAACUUGGAGCAAAACAACUGGAUGGCCAUAUAUUCAAGGGAGCCACUCUUAAGGCCCAAGUCAUGGCUUCAGGUGCACCGCCACCAAAACCAAAGCUUUCUGAUCCUUAUGUUGACAAAACUGCUCGACUUAUUGUACGUAAUUUACCUUGGAAAUACCGUGAAUCAGAUUUAUACAAAGCAUUUGGAGAGUAUGGAAAAGUGCAUCAAGUCAAGUUGCCUCGUAAAUAUAACGGAGGACCAUUUAAGGGAUUUGCUUUCAUUCAAUACGGUAACAUUGAUGACGCUGAGAAGGCUAUCAAUGCCAUGAAUGCCACUGACCAUCAUGGGCGAACCAUUGCUGUCGAUUGGGCAUUGGCAAAGGACAAAUAUGUUGCUGCUGAGGAGAACGCGGAAGCCGCUGAAGCUGAGGAGGGCGAUGAAGAGGAAAUGGAUGUCGACAAAGAAGAGGAAUCCAAUGACGCCACCGAAGCUAACGACGAUAAGCAAGAGGCAGGUUCUGAUGACGAAGAGGAAGAAGUCGAUGAUGAAGAAGUAAUCGAAGAGGGCAUGGAAAAAGAAGACGCUAGUGAUGAAGAAAUGGAUGAAGACGAGGAAGAUAUAGAUAUUGAAGAUGAAAGCGAAGAUGACGAUAAGAAGGCUAAACCUGCAUACACCAUGCCCAAACCUGCCGAGGGCACGACAUUAUUUGUUCGCAAUCUACUAUUUGAAUCGGAGGAAGAGCAUCUUAAAGAAUUAUUUACACAAUGGGGAGCUGUGCGUUAUGCCAAAAUUACUAUGGACAAAGAAACUGGUCGGUCAAGAGGAACUGGAUUUGUUUGCUUCAAGGAAAAAGACAGUGCUGAUCAGUGUCUGCAAGAAGCUGAACAAUUAAAGAAUACCACGAUAAACGAUAAUAGCGAAGCCUUUCCCACGGAUAUGAUGUCCAACAAGCAAAAGAAAAAGAGCGGAAUGGUGCAAAAAAGUUUGUUGACGCCUGAUAUUAACACUGGCCUUGCUCAAAAAUUCACUCUGCAAGGACGAGUAUUGGAUGUCAACCGAGCUGUUGAACGUAACGAAGCCAACAAACUUAUGGAAGCCAAUGCACUCAAGAAGCAGAAGGAAGACAAGCGAAACAUUUAUUUGAUGAAGGAAGGAGUCAUCUUUGCUGAUACGCCAGCUGCCGCUACGCUGACUGAGCCCGAACUUCGUAAACGUCAAAUGUCGUUCGCUGCUCGCAAGAAGCUGUUGGCCACCAACCCAUCGUUGUACAUUUCCAAGACAAGAUUGAGUAUUCGCAACCUUCCUCUGAAAACAGACGAUAAGGACUUGAAGCAAAUUGGUUUUGAAAGUAUUACCAAUUUCAAAAGGGAAACCAAGUCAGGGCAACGCACGGACCUUAGUGCGGACGAGAAGGCCGAGGGCUGGUCCUUUAAGCCAUUUGUCAAGCAGGCUAAGAUUAUUCGCAGCAAGGAUCGCGUCGAUUCUGCUACCAAAAAGCUUCGUAGCAAGGGUUAUGGUUUCUUGGAGUACCGUACUCAUUCACACGCCUUGGCCGCUCUUCGCUAUCUCAACAAUAACAGUAAAGUGUUCCCUGGCGACCCACGGAGAUUGAUUGUGGAAUUCUCCGUUGAUAACAAAGAUGUUGUUGAAAGAAGAACACAAAGAGCCGCUGGUGGAUUUAGCCGAAACCCUGGUAAAGGAGAUGAUGAUACUAAACGUACCACUGGUCGUUUCAGUGGUAAUAAGCGUCCCGCCCACGAUGAUGGUGGUAGAAGAGACUCUAACAAGAGGAUGAGAUCUGGCCCUCCUCCGCGUGGAUCAAGUGGGUCUAAACCCCAACGGCCGAUGAUGAACAAGAGACCGUUUAAUAAGAGAAAAUAAUAAUAAACCUUGAGUGCAACGACGCUUGAUUUUUUUACAAAUAUAUUUUGGAGCAAUCUACCCUUUUUCCCUUCCACA